UCUAUAAAGAUGGGCCUCUUCCCCGUAUUCUGGAGAUUACAGUGCUUCUUUGUCUCCUUCUCAUCAUGGCUCCCCACAAAGAAUCCAGCAGUGGCAUCCCCACCUAUUGGGGCGCUUCCGGACGUCGCUUACAGCUGUUGAUUACUCUAGUAGCUGUGACGGACUUCUUACUCUUCGGAUAUGAUCAAGGAGUAAUGUCAGGCAUUAUAAGUGCAGAUGAAUUCAAAAACGCUUUCCCGGAGGUCAAAGACGAUAGCACGUACGAGGGCUUUGUGGUCGCUAUCUAUGCUGCCGGCUGUUUUCUUGGUGCCCUUUUCAUCUUUCUGGCAGGCGAUAAACUUGGUCGCCGCAAUUCCAUAUUCCUCGGAGCCACAGUCAUGAUCAUUGGAGUCAUUAUCCAGAUCACUGCAAUGCCAAUCGGAGGUGGAGCUACUGCCCAGUUUAUUGUGGGACGCGCUAUCACGGGCGUUGGAAAUGGCAUCAACACGUCAACAAUUCCUACAUGGCAAGCUGAGUGCUGCAAAGCGGAAAAUCGCGGCAAAGUCAUCUGCCUUGAGGGUGGCAUGGUCGCCAUUGGUACUUUGAUCGCCUACUGGAUCGACUACGGAUGUCUCUACGGCCCAGGAUCCUUCAGCUGGCGGUUCCCAAUUGCUUUCCAGUGUGUCUUUGCUGUCAUCGUCCUCAUCAUGAUGAUCUCUCUACCUGAAUCGCCUCGCUGGUUGCUUACCCACCAUCGCGAAGACGAAGCGGCUACCAUUCUUGCAGGGCUGAACGGGGUUCCACGCGACGAUCCUCAGGUAAAUUUGCAGAUGAGUGUGAUCAAAGAAGCCAUCGAAAAGGCUGGCGGAGGCGGUAAGGUGAAAACCAAGACCGUUCUUUCCAACGGCCGCAGCCAGCAUCUCCGCCGCACGAUACUUGGCGCCUCUUCUCAGAUGAUGCAGCAGCUUUCCGGUUGCAACGCUGUCAUCUACUAUUUCCCAAUUCUGUGCCAGGAUGCUUUGGAUACUGAUCAUAACUUGGCUCUUCUUUUGGGAGGUGUCAACAUGGUCGUUUAUGCUCUCUUCGCCACUACAUCUUGGUUCCUCAUCGAACGUGUUGGACGCAGAAAGCUUUUCCUUAUCGGCACCGUCGGUCAAAUGCUAUCAAUGGUUCUCGUGUUCGGCUGCCUCAUUCCAGGUACUGAAUCGGCUGCUAAGGGUGCUGCUGUUGGAUUGUUCACUUACAUCGCCUUCUUCGGUGCUACUUGGCUCCCCUUGCCAUGGCUAUACCCUGCUGAGAUUAAUCCUCUCAAGACUCGCGCCAAAGCAAACGCAUUCUCAACCAUCAACAACUGGCUAUGGAAUUUCUUUAUUGUUAUGAUUACGCCAAUCCUCAUCAACAACAUCGGUUGGGGAACCUACCUUUUCUUCGGCGUUCUUAACGCCAUCUUCAUUCCUAUCAUCUACUUCUUCUACCCCGAAACCGCUGGUCGCUCCCUCGAAGAGAUCGAUCUCAUCUUCGCCAAGGGCUACCACGAGAACAAGAGCUAUGUCCGUGCCGCGAAGGAGUUGCCGGCAGUGGAUGAAUCGGAGAUCAGCCGCUACAACCGUAUGUUCGGCGACGACACUUCCGACGAGGAGAACAACCGAUCAUCCGGUUCGUUCAAGGAGAGCAAGCGUCAGGAGGAGCUUAUGUCUUGA